GUACAAUUGCAGUGCGUGGAUAAAUACGCUAAUGUAAAUUAGAUUAAGAAUAGCAUUUGCAGAUGUGGCAUAUAUACACAGCAUUUUCUGUGUCUCUAAAUGUCAAAUGUUAUAAAAACUUCAGAGCGUCACAUUUUGUUUGGAUUAGUACAUCGGGAAUUUCUUUGUGUCCGGGUCGACUUUUGGGUUGGUUUAGUUUAGUUGUAGAUUUGAAACGUUUGGCGCAAACACUUGUGUGUGUUAAGUGCCGUUAAGGGUUGUAGCGAAAACAGGCUCGUAUUUACAAAUGUCAGGCAAUAUGUCGUAUAAAUGUACAGGGUGUUAUCGGCGCUAAUUUGAUUAGUAUUGAACAACAAUCUGUUUCUGCUGCUGAGAAAACGUAAAGAGGUAUUAGUGAUAUCAAAAGCUCGGAAAAUGGAGGAAAACGGCACGAACCGUGUGUAUAAAGUGAUUUUAAUUGGUGACUCAGGUGUGGGAAAAACUAGCUUGCUUAUGCGACUUUGCAAGAAUGAGUUCAAGUCUAGCAUGACAGCUACUUUGGGUGUUGACUCGCACACAAAGACGAUAACCGUCGACGAAAAACCAAUCACAAUACAGGUAUGGGACACUGCUGGCCAAGAAAGAUUUCGAAGUAUUGCCAAGUCUUACUUCAGACGUGCAGACGGCGUGUUGUUGUUGUACGACUGUACUUAUGAAAACUCAUUCAUCAAUGUCAGAGACUGGAUGUCGGCGGUUGUGGAAGGGGCAGGGCGUCCUCUCCCAACUAUGUUAUGUGGAAAUAAAUUCGACAUGAGAGAAACAAGCGCAAGAUACGGAAAGAAAUGUGUUUCCACAGAACAAGGAAAGAAAUUAGCAGCGUCGACAAAGUCCCAUUUUAUCGAGACGAGCGCUAAGUUAGGAACAAACGUCAGCGAAUGUUUGAAUGAACUUGCAAAGUUAUUGCUUAAAGCUGAAGAUGACGAAAAAAGAGAAUUAGCAUUUCAGUUGACUGGUGAACACCCAGUUGAAAACACGUCAAGAACUUGUUGCAGCGGAGGGAAGACCUCAACGUGAUCAAGUUCUGUUUGUUUGUUAUUUUGAAAGCUUAUACAUAUACCUGGUAUUUCUGUACGGUAAGGACAUGGACAAACACCUAACGUAUAUAUUCGUCUGGUUUUUAGACUCACAACAAAUAUAUUUUAAUUUGUUGAAUUUGAUAUUUUAAAUUCUUUUUGUCUCAUUUGUGUGGAGUUUAUAAAGCUAAACCCAAAGUAAAGAUUUGUCUGAAUUUAGACUCUCAAAAAAUAUGUUUGUCAUUUGUAUUAAAUUUGGUAUUUUUAAAAUUCUUUUUGUCUCUUUUUUGUGGGGGUUUAUAAAGUGAUUGGUUAAGUAAACUUUAAGAGUUUUGUAAAGUUACGUUUUCUGUGUAUGUUGUUUGUGUUAAGAAAUGCCUUUUUCAGAAACGCUAUUUUUUCGUCGUAUUACAGAAACAGAGCUAUGGACCUUUGUUACAAAAAGUUGAUUGAUAGUAAAUAGUAUUUGAAAUUGUAA